AUGGAAGAGCACAGAGACGGCGUAUGGGGUCGCCAGGAAGCGAAGCAAAAGCUCAUGCAGGCUGUUGAAGAUUCUUCUACGGAAGCCCUUUGGCAAAUGUACUCUAGUGCGAAGGCAUCCCUCCCGUUCCAAGACCGGAUGUCGAACUUGACGUGGAGAAUGCUUGGACUUCGCGUCAAGAGGGCCCGGGUAGCGAAGAGGGAGCAAAUCGGACUUGGUUCGCCUGCCAUGCCUACGGUCUACAGUGAGAUCCUUCACCACGACCAACCGGGGGCCCCUGACAGGGACGCUGUUCCAGGAGAUCUCGAUUACAUAGCUGAGCUUCGUGACAAUAAGGACGCAGAACGUCCAUCCUCAACCCAUUCCGCGUCAGCAGUGCCUAUGGAAUUACACACUUUCAGGGACGCUAAUCAUCCACCGCACGCUAAUGCCAACGGCCACUCUGAGUUGCACAGAGAUCACCCUGCUCAUGAGCCGCCUUACCAUCAACUAAAAACAACAGCAAGUCCUGCCUCAAGGUUCAACGAUUCGAACAACUCAAAUGCAAUGGCGGGUUCAUUCGCUGCAGGUUCGAGUAUCAUGAAACCGUUCUCCCAACAACAGGGAGACAUCCAUAGCCACAGCCUUGGGUUCCACGACCAUGCACAUUAUGGAUCUUUUUCCAAUGUCGACCAACACGUUGGUUUCAUGGCAGAUGUAGAUGUCGAGAGCUUUGACGUUUUAGGGGGCCACGAUACAGUCUCUCAGCAAGGUCAAAGCCAGGAUGACGAAGAUGACGAUGCAGCACUACGCGAGACGGCAGCUUACUCGUCACCAGCCCUCAUUAGUGAUAGCGGUGUGUCUUCCACUGGUGGAAACGGCACUUUCAUCCCCAACUCUGCGAAUACUACAGGUCUCAACAAAACGCACCCUUCCGGUCAACAGUUCAGCAGCUCUGUCACUAUUGGUGGCCUUAAUUCUAGUGUGCUGAACGGUCAAACUUUUUUUGACGAGCACGAUUUUCUUCACUCUGUUGAUGAGGGCCACGAGGAGGCUGAACUCCCGCCUCUGCAUGCCACCAACUCCCAAGUCUCAUUGCCUGAUUUGUACGACCGCAAUUCUAACGUCACACCGAUUUCCAUCACUCGGCCAAGCACGGCCUGGCAAGGAUUGUCGGGCGGAUUAGGGUCUGCCUCACCAACAUCUGCUUCAGCCGUCGCUAGUUCAUUACCCACAUCCCAAGGUAUCCGCAGAUCAACUAAUUCGAAUUCUGUGCGUAAAAAGCAGAUAAAAAGCUCGAGUUCCAGGAAAGGAAGCUCAAGUUUCGCUAAUAUCAAUAGUGGUACUGGUAUCAUAGCAAGCAGUUUGCCACAAGAUAAUGGCUCGAUGGAUGGCCUUAAUCGUCGACCAGCCUCCACCGGACCAAACUCGAGUGCAGGAACUCCAAAUGCUGCCAACAAGGUCGAAACAAAAUGCACCAAUUGCCACACCAAGACCACACCAUUGUGGCGUAGAGAUCCUGAGGGCAAUCCUCUUUGCAAUGCUUGUGGUCUCUUUUUGAAAUUACAUGGUGUCGUCAGACCCCUUUCCUUAAAGACUGACGUUAUCAAGAAACGUCAACGGGCAUCAAACAAGAUUUCAGGGUCAAACGCUGGAUCAGCUGUAAAAGAAGAUUCAUCCUCAAGAGAUGUAAUACCCAAGGUGCGAAGACCAGGCUCUAAGAAAAAAAUGUCAUCGUCAAAUGUUUCCAAUGAAUUGCAGGCACAGACGUCUAAACCCUCGAGUACAAGAAGAAAAAUGAGGCCGAAUGCGCUGGUUCAAGACAUUGAUAGCAAUGUGACAAGCGAAAGUGGUUCUGAUACUGCGACACCUGCUCCUACAUUUGCUGCUGAGGCUCAGAGUAGUAGUGGCAUAUCCAGGAAAGGCAAUUCUUCCGAGAUGGAAGUUGACCACCCCUCUGGCGUAGAAAGCGGCAUAGCGGAGUUUGCAAAUCCUAGCCGUAACAAUAAUGGGCUGGACGCAUUUUUAGAUCAAUGGUCACACCCGCAAUCAGGAGAUCAUCAAAUGUCGCCGGGUCACACAUUUGGUGCCGAUCACACCUUUGUCCAUCCAAACCCUCAAUCUGCCAUGAAUGAUGACUCCGAAGCUUUGGGUGCUAUGGACGAAGCGGCCACCGCUACAGGGAGAAAUAACGCAGGUGAAAACGCCAACUGGGAAUGGCUGACAUUGAGCUUAUAA